CGCUGACUCGCGCAUUUCGCGGGUGUGUCAGCCCAAAUAAUGGGGGGCAGAGCCGCCGCUUGGCUGUGAGGCGAGGUCGACCCCCGCCUUGUCGGGGGGCCCAACCAAGAGCGAAAGUGCACCAAUAUUAUUUCCUUCGGCGUGUGUCUGCUCUGUUUUGUUAUCAGAUACCUUUGGAAUAUCUUAGGUUGAAGUCGCGACACCUUUAUCUAGUACUUACGCGUGGGAUUUCGUGUUAGUGUGUGGUUUCAUCAUAACUUUUUUUUAUAUUAUUUGGGAAUCAUGGCUUACCUACCAAUGUUGAUGUUUUUUGGAUGCUGUUUAAGCACAUUAGCAGCAAAAAGUCAAAUUAUUAACGAAUGGCCCUCCCUGACUUUCAAUUUUCCUUCUUUCUAUGAUUACAAUAACUACAAACCCGAAAAUACCCUUUUCACAGGUAUUGAAGUAACGCCAGACAGAAUAUUCCUGGCAAUGCCCAGACUAAGGCUUGGAGUUCCAGCAACGUUAGCAACUAUCUCCAGACGCGGUGUAGUUGGGGAGCCACUUCAAGCCUAUCCAAACUGGGACUUUCAUCCAGCUGGCCAAGGAAACAACAAUAGUUGUUCCGGACUUACGUCUGUAUAUAGAAUGAGAAUGGACUCUUGUAAUAGGCUUUGGGUUUUGGAUUCAGGUGUCAUGACUUCCAUAGAUGAUUUUACAAGAAUAUGUCCACCAAAAAUCGUUAUUUUCGAUUUAAAUACGGAUCUUCCAGUUCAGACCAUCCAACUUCCUGAUAAUGUAUUGAGACCCGCUUCUUUAUUAACUAAUAUCGUUAUUGAUGAAAGCAUUAGAGGAGCUUGUGAUAAUUCUUAUGCAUAUAUUACAGACACAGCAGCUCCAGGUCUUAUUGUAUUGGACACCCUUCAAGGUAACACCUGGAGAUUUAUCCAUUCCUCUAUGUUCCCUGAUCCAGACUACUCAGACUAUACUGUAGCAGGUGAAACCUUUACUCUUAUGGACGGUAUCGUUGGUAUGGCGCACUCACCAAGACUUGGUCAACUCUUCUAUCAACCACUUGCCACUCUCAAGAUUUUUAGUGUACCAACUUCAGAACUUGUGAAAGGUCCACCAGCGGAGUUUGCUCCAUUUAGAGUUUCUCUAGCCGGUAGAAAAUCUUCUCAAGGUCUUGGAAUUGCAUUGAACCCUUACGAUGAUACACUUUUCUUCAGUCCCAUUGUGGAAACUUCUGUGGCUUCAUGGAACCCUGUCACUAAUGAGCAGAAGUUAUUGGCUUAUGAUCCAGUGGCACUUCAAUUUCCUGCAGAAUUAAGAUAUGUUGCAGCAGACAACAGUGUAUAUAUUUUAUCAACAAGAUUCCAAAAAUUCUUCCUCAGAACUGUCAACAUAAACGAAGUCAACUUAAGGAUAAUAAGAAUACAAUUGCCAAAAUCUCGUCCCCAGCAAUCCUUUCCAAAUAAAUUCUUCUUGAAGUAAAUAAUUUUAGUUAAAAUUGGUAUUUUCUGGGAAAUCAAAGUUAACAACAUUAAAUUUGUGCCAUUACUUAAUUUUUAUAUUUGCAAUUCAUAAAUAAUUUAAAGCCAAAAAAAUAAAUAACAGUAAAAAUCAAAAUUUAGGUAUAAACUAGAUAAAAAUAUGGUAAAGGUCAAGACUGAUUUUAA